CUCUUCACCUCCGAGGUGACAAUGGAGAGUGCAGAGUGCGUGACCUUGUGCCCUUCGUGCACCAGGUCGGAGGUCACACUGGAAUGAUGAAGUACGACGAGGCCACCGUGUGUAAACCGGUCUUCCCGGCCGAGCUCCACUUCUACGAGAUGCUCACACCAGAACUGGCCAAAUUCACUCCAGCUUUCAAAGGAGUUGUCCAUGUUUUCGUUCAAGAAGAAGAUGAUGGCUCGUUGAGCGUCCGAGCCUACCCAAUAAGGUCACAGCACCAGACUAGCACCGGCCCAAUGUACCCCAGCAAUGGACAAGUCUGGGUCCAGACUCGGCAGAAGAAGAUGACAGGAAAAGUUCCGAGUUGUCACAGCAACAAAGGACAAGUCCUACGCAGCAUUGAAACCCUUCCAGAGUUUAUCCUUUUGGAGAAUCUGACCUCCAAGUUUCGCUCCCCGUGCAUCCUGGACGUCAAGCUAGGGACGAAGACCUACCACAAGGACCACUCAGAAGCCAAACGGCAGCUGCAUAUCGACCGCGAUGCGGCAACCACCACGGCCACGCUAGGCCUACGCCUUUGUGGCAUGCAGGCCAGCAAAGGCUCUUACAAAUGCCGCAACAAGUACGAUGGACGCCGCCUGGGCAAGGACGGCCUCCGGAGUGCACUACGCGAGUACUUCUCAACCAGCGACGAAGUCAGGAUGGAACUCCUGCCUCCCUUUAUUGAGAAAUUGGAGGCACUCCUCCAA